AUGGCCAUCGCCUCUGCCGCAGUAUUUGAGUGCCACUUCGUUUGCUCUCCUUUUCCCUCGCUCUCCCUUAUCCUUCACAUUCGCCCUUUGUUUUCUGUGUUGUUCCCCCCCACCCCUUACCUGCUGCUAAUUGCACUGGACAACUGUUUUAAUAGGAAACCAAGCCAGAAGUCAUCUUUUGAAAGAGAAGGAUGGUGGAGAAUAACAUUAAGAAACACUCCUAAUCCUGGCACUUACCACUUGAAAACUUUUAUUGAAGAAUCUCUAUCAAAUCCAGUGAUAGCAACAUACAGUUUUAAAAAUGAAGGAAGGAAAAAACCACCUCUUCUGCAAAGAAACGAUCUGGUACUAAAUGACCUUCCCCAGUACAUGCCUCCUGACUCCUUGGACUUGUUAAAGAAGCACGUGGCCACCUACUCGUUUAAAGACAAACCACGGUCAAACCCCAGCACGCUGGUUUACAGAGAUCAGUCAGUUCAGCUUUCGCCAGGACAAUACGAGCUAAUUCCUGCACCAGUUCCCAAGCAUGCUUCCAGGAGCUUUGUAUUUCGUUCUACAGUUCAAAGGUUUCCAACAGGCUGCUUCACUCCUCGUGAAGGCCCAGGACCAGGUCGUUAUGACUUGAAAAUACCUUCAGUAAGUUCUGUUACUUCCUGUUUUCAAUCCAGAGUACCUCGAUUCUUGCCGGCCUGUUCAAAAACGCCAGGCCCAGGAGCAUACACAUCUUCAGCACAAUUCCCCAAGCAGCCCCGGACCGUAGCCAAAAUGGGCCGAGGACAUAGCCUUUUCUUCAACAACACAAUUGGCUUUUAA